AUGGCAAAAACAGCAUACAGAGCAGCCAAAGCAGCAGCAGCAACAGAAUUAGCAGCAGCAGCAGAAUUAGCAGCAGCAGCAGAAAGCUUAGGUUCAGAAGCAAAAUUAGCGGCAGCUGCGAAACUAGCAGCAGCAGCAAAGGCAGCAGCAAAUGCAGCAGCAGCAAAAGCAGCAGCAGCAGCAAAGCAGCAGCAGCAAACCUUCCACAACAGGCGAAUAAAAGUGGUCGUUAUUACGAACACCCAGCCCCAGAAGCUGCACCAGCAGCAGCAGCAGCAGCGGCAGCAGCGGUGGCGGCAGCAGCGUGGCGGAGGCAGCGUGGCGGCAGCGACGCAGCAGAAGCCAGCGCCGCAGCAGCGUAGCAGCAGAAACGGCAGCAGCAGCAGCAGCAGCAGCAGCACGGACUCCACCAUAGUCGGCAGCAGCACCAGCAGCAGCGUCACCGUCACCAUCACCAUCAUGAUCCCCAGCAGCAGCAACAGCAGCACCCCCAGAAGCAGCAACCGCAGCAGCAACAGCAGCAGCAGCAGCAACAGCAGCAGCAGCAGCAGGGCGUACGCAAUGAAGGUGGGGAGGUCGACUGCGCCUUUGUUGUCUUUCCUGUCUACGCCCAAAAACCUCUUUGAAAAUUUUGGGUCAUUUAAAGCCAAAAAGCCAGCAUAA